AUGCGUCAUCUGCAAUCAUCAAUAUUUUUACUAGUUUUAUUAACUAUAUCAGUCAAUGCCCAGGAUUUGUACAGGCGGAGCAAUGAUACUAUUGUUCGUCGUCAGGUUACCACGGACGCUGUCGCACUCGCUCCGGUCAUUAGCACAUGCACCAAACCAGGCUCAUUUGCUAUCACGUUCGAUGAUGGUCCCACAGAGACUACCGAUAUCCUAUUAAAUUACCUAAAGGCCAACAAUUAUGAAGCGACGUUCUUUGUCAAUGGCUUAAACUAUCGCUGCAUAUACGAUCAGGCAGACGUUAUCAAACGCAUCGUCAAUGAAGGACAUCAACUCUGCUCUCAUACUUGGUCUCAUGCCGACCUUGUCAAGUUGUCUGAUGACCAAAUUCGCCUUGAAAUGACCAAACUCGAAGAUGCGUUUCGUAAAAUUGUCGGCAAAGUACCGCGCUACAUGCGACCACCCUAUGGUAGUUAUGACACGCGCGUACGUGGUAUACUUGCAUCGCUUGGAUAUGAAAUGAUUACUUGGGAUAUUGAUAGCGGGGAUGCGAUUGGAUACACGAUCAAUAAAUCAAAAGCGGUCUAUAGAACUAGCAUUAGAAAGGAACCAUUUCCUACUCCACAUUUGGCUUUAAACCAUGACGUCGAACCAAGUACGAGCACUGUUCUUGCGCCUUUUGCGUAUAAAUAUGUAAUACGGAAGGGAUAUUCGCCUCAGACUGUUGGGAGCUGUCUCGAAGAUGGAAAUUGGUAUAAAGAAGAAGUCGAACCCAGUCCUAGAGACAGUAGCUGGGUAUGUUAG